UCGUGGGCUGUGUCAAUAACACAUUGGUGCUUUGAAAGCUGCCAUAAGGGCGCACUAGCACCCCAUACUGGAUACAAAAGGUAGUGAAUUGCCCGGAUUGGCGACCAGUUCAUUUGGGUACAGGUUAGGGUAAGGUCCCAGUUUCUACUAAAGAAAACCAGCCAAAAAAUAUGAUAUAAAUUUAGCUUUAACAAUUACGAACAAAUAGUUCAAACUUUUUUUUUUUUUUUUUAUCAUCAAACCAUGUCACAAUUUCCCAUUUGCCAGAAAUUCCUGCAACUUGUGAUCAGCCUCCCUGAUCAGUUUUCUUUUCAUUUUUUUUAUCAAUGUUGGAGGCUUACUGUCUUCCAUGAUAUAUUUAAUGCUAUGUGAUUUUGUCAAGAUUAACAACUCAACAUUAGUGUGUUUAAUAAUAGCACACUGAGUUAAACUGAGAAAUACCUUUUACACAAUGUCCAUGUCUGGAUUUUCAACACGCAUACCAGUCAAAGUUCACUCGGUGCAAUAAACUAUCCAUGAUAAUGACACACACACCCUGACGAAUAAUACUUCGCCACAUUAUGUGCUAGUCAUUUAAUGUGGAGGAAAAAAAUACAUAUUUACAUUUGAAGCCAAUAAUUUGGAGUAAAUUGAAGCGGAUAGAAAAUGACUCCCAAAAUGCCGCAAAGUUUAACAGAUGUCCUGCAGCAGUGCGAAAGUCUGGAAGAAGAGUAUCAGCAUGCUCAGGAGACACACAGAUUAUACCUACAAAAACUGGAUGAGAUUUCCAAACUCCAAAAGAGCUGCUCUUCCUCCAUUUGCCAUCACCAAACACGACUCAAGGAGAUGUCAUCUCUUGUGAAAAAGUGCAGCAAAGGACAGUCAGAAGAAGAUGUCCUUGGUGGAAUAAAAGAGAAAAUAAAGAUGCAAACCAAUGCUUUAUUGGAAAUGGAAGCCUUCCUUCCAAGGAAAAAUGGGCUGUACCUCAGUUUGGUUCUAGGAAAUGUGAAUGUCACUCUGCUCAGCAAACAGUUAAAAUUUGCCUACAAAGAUGAAUAUGAAAAGUUCAAGCUGUACCUCACGUUCAUCCUGCUGCUGUUUUCCUUCACGUGCUAUUUCUUUACAAACUACAGAUUUCUUGAUGCUAUUCUCAACUUCCUGCUAGUGUGGUAUUACUGCACAUUAACAAUCAGGGAAAGUAUCCUCAUUACCAAUGGCUCCAGAAUUAAAGGCUGGUGGGUUUUCCAUCAUUACGUCUCAGCUUUUUUGUCUGGUGUAAUGCUGACAUGGCCAGAUGGCAACUUGUACAAGAUAUUCAGGAACCAAUUCCUGGCUUACUCCCUGUAUCAAAGUUUUGUUCAAUGUCUGCAGUGUUAUUAUCAGAGUGGAUGUCUAUACAGACUCAGAACACUAGGAGAAAGACACAACAUGGAUCUGACCGUGGAAGGAUUUCAGUCUUGGAUGUGGAAAGGACUGACAUUUCUUUUGCCCUUCCUAUUUUUCGGUCAUUUCUGGCAGCUCUUCAAUAGCCUCUCUCUCUUCAGAAUGGCUCAGCUCCCAGACUGCAAAGAAUGGCAGGUCUUGCUGUGCAGCCUAUGCUUCCUUAUUCUGUUCAUGGGAAAUUUCUUCACGACUCUUGCUGUGGUUCAUCAGAAGCUUAAGAGGAGGAAUCAGAAAACGAAGAUCCUAUAAUUCAAACUGUACUAGUAGUUUAUCUUGUGUAGUGUUCUGUGGUACACUAGCAAGUAAUUAAAAAUCAUCCAAUUUCACUAAUAAGUUGCCAUGAGAUUUUUGCAAUGAAAAAUUGAUGUUUUCGCUACAUUCGAGAUGUAGCAUGAUCCGCCUUGUCUGUUUCAAUACUUAGAAAUAAAAUGAGUGUCACAAAAAAUAAA